AUCCGAAUUCAUUCUCUCUAAACUCCCUUGUAAAAGCACCCGUGCAUUCUCCGUUAUAAUAUAAACUGGGCUACGGGUGUUCCACCUAAAGUCCUACCGGUCAAUCUACGUGUUUUUUACUUUUCUUACUUUGCCAAAUCAAGCAAACUAUUCUAGACCCGGUCUAGUAUAGUUUGACCGGUCAAGUAAUUUACACCAUCAUUUUUGGCGCCGACCGUGGGACCGUUAAGGUUUCUUCUCCUAAACACAAACCUACCCACCAAAACACCACUCAAAAUGUCUUCCAGCCAACAAAUCAACGCUACUUCCGCUCAGGUGCAGGCCACCAACGAGGGAGCCAGCAUCCCUGUGGUUGCUACCAUACCGGUCAUUUCAGCCCCGGUGUUGCCUCUGGGUCUGAGCUCUAUCCCGACGGCCAGCGUGAUCAGUCCCUUCGUGACCCCCGUCCCUUCCGCUGGACCGAGGGCAACGUUCCCACCAAGCAUGACUCAGUUCAUGAAUGACCCAGCCAACCUACAAGCCAUCCAGGGCUUCGGCCAGGUCAUGGCCAUGUGCCAGCAGAACGGGGGGAUGCCUUUCCUCCCUGGUAUGUUCCCAUUCGCCCUUCCAGGCGCGGGGACCAUGCCUUUACAAGCUCCGAUGGCGGUGACGUCGUUCCAGACGCUGAUGCCGCAACCAUCACCUUUCCAGCCCCAGCUGGUCAGCACCAUGGCCCCUGUCAACUUGGCCGGUGCACUUAACGCUGCAGGGCCGUCGCGUCCCCCGCAAGCUACGGAUCCGCAGAUCACUCCUGAUGGUCACUGCGUCUCGAUUGAGAACGAUGACGGCGAGUGGGACAUCCCGAGGGCCCACAAGAAGAAGAAAGGAAAAAACAUUCGGCCGGCGACCUCCCGAAACUCCGCCUUCGAAAGGCUGGGGGAUAGGGAGGAAGGCCAGAGGAAGUCAGCCAAGCAGAGGCUGGGGCAAAGUGUUGCCAAUGUCAGCGCAUUCGCUCGGCUAGGCGAGGUGCGAGAGGCCGAGCCUGCCCGCACCCGGCGCUCCCGGUCUAACCGGCAGGAGCCAGCGAGGACGAGGGCCUCCCACCAGGAAGGGGAGGAAGAAAGCCAGCCCAGGUUACCGGUGGCGAACCGGUUAACCAUCCCAAACGACCGCGUCCAGCAGAUGGAGGCAAAGCUAGAAAGGCUGGAAAAGAAGGUCGGAGAGAAGAAUGACCGGGACAAACUCCUGGCAGGGUCCCCGUUCACCACAAGGGUCCAUCUGACACCUUUCCCGCGAAAGGUCAAGAUCGACGCCCCCAGAUUCACCGAGAAGGAAGAUCCAGAAAUCCACCUGGACUCCUUCAACCAGAGUGCGACCAUGAACGGUUGCACCGAUGAAGAAAAGUGCCUACUUUUCUUCCAGACCUUGCGGAACCGAGCCACUGAAUGGUUCAAUAAGCUUCGUCCGGGAAGCAUUGACUCGUUCAGUGAUUUAGCCUCAAAAUUCAAGGCCAAGUUCCAGGAGAAUUGUACUAAGAGGAAGAAGUUCACCUAUCUUAGUACAGCCGGGCAGAGGGAGUCUGAGAACCUCACUCAGUUCCUUACCCGGAGUUCUGCCGGAAACCCCCAGCCACGUACCAAGAGGCCUACCAUACUGCAUGGGAGUUUGCUGAAGCUGAAACCCAGCUCCGGGCAAAGAGAGAAGCUGAGCAAGAAGGAAGAAGCACCGGGACCUAGCCGGCCGAGGCACCACUAUGACCCCGUCAUCCGAGUGGUCAAUAUAGAAGAAUGCCAAGAAGUCCGGAAAGCACCGGUCAUUCCUCCAGAAAACCCUACCGGUCAAGUAGGGCGACAGUGGUCGGGCACCUAUUGUUCGUACCACAGGUCAUAUUCUCAUAACACCUCCGAAUGUAAGAGUGUCAAGGGAGUAAUCCGGCAGAUGAUCGACAGUGGAGAGCUGGGCAAGGAUUACUUGCAGAAAGCCCAAGAGAAGAGUCAUCAGUGGGUUAGGCCAGCUGCCCCAGGGAACGACCGGGACAACGACCGACGGAGGAAUAACCGGCCAAGGGAGCGGCAACCUGCCCCCGAAAAGGAACACAUCGGCAUGAUCUUCGGCGGACCCAAGGGUGGAGAUUCAGCCGCGCAGCGGAAGAACUGGGUCCGGAGCAUUUACGUUGGAGAGGUAAGUGUUGAACCGCCCAGGCGUAAGCAUACUAGGAGGGAGCCUAUCGUCUUUACUGACCGGGAUCUCCCUCCUACCGGUGAAGAUCACAAUGAUCCAUUGGUCAUCACCAUGGACAUUAAUGGGGUAGAUGUCGCCCGGGUACUUGUUGACACCGGCAGCAGUGUCAACAUCUUAUACCUGGAAACCUUCCAAAAACUCAGGUUGUGUCGAACACAACUUGAACCCCUCAAAACCCCUCUCUCAGGCUUCACGGGGGACACCGUUGAAGCUGAAGGAUCCAUAGUUCUACCGGUCGAACUAGGGUCAGGUGAAAAGACCGUGUGGAAGAAGAUGCGGUUCAUAGUUGUGGACAUCAAAUGCGUCCACAACGCAAUUCUAGGAAGGCCAGGCAUCAAUAAAGUCGGGGCGGUGAUUUCCAUGCCUCAUCUAUGCAUGAAGUUCCACACUCCAGAAUAUGAAGCUCUGGCUGGAGGGCUCAGACUUGCCCAAGCCCUGAAAAUCAGCCGGGUCAGUAUCAAAUCUGACUCUAGCCUGAUAGUAGGGCAGGUGACCGGUAACAUGGAAGCAAGGGAAGGACGCAUGGCACAAUACAAGGACCUUGUACUUGCCCUGUUGAAGGGCUUCGGAGAUCUCAAGAUCGCCCAAAUUCCCCGGGCGGAGAACGCGGAUGCAGACCUUCUCUCCAAAUUGACGCAAUAUGCUCCCGAGCAUGUUUCGAAACAUGCCCGGGUAGAGAUCCUUGACCGUGCAAGCAUCGAGAAAUUGGAAGUCGCCGCUAUAACUGCCGGAAGCCAGUUUGACCGGUCAAACUUGGUCGGGGCGGACGACCAUUGGAUGUAUGAUCUGAUGGAAUAUUUGACGGAUGGGAGCUUGCCAGAACAAGAUGACCGGGCAAGAAAAGUGAAGCUCAGGGCGCCCCGAUUCCAAAUUCUUGAUGGAAAGCUGUAUAAAAGGGCAUUUGGGGGGCCACUCCUGAGAUGUCUGACCAACCGGGAGGCAUUUGGGGGGCCACUCCCGACUGGGCAGCUCUUGCUCCUUCACCCAUGCCUCCUCCUUCAGGUGGGAGACCUCCCCCAUCAGCAGCGAGUUCUCCUCCUUCAGCUGGAGGACCUCCGUGUUCGCCCUACCGGCAACCGCCGAGAGGUUGGCCAUCUCGUCAAGUUGCCGGGCGGUCAGGUCUUGAAGCUCCCGGUUGUGGGCUUCAAGCCUCUUCAACUUUUCCUCCAGCUGAAGUGACCGGGAAGGGGAGUCCUCGGCGAGCUUCUCCAAGGUUUUAGGCCCGACCUCACCCAUCUUCAAAACCAAACAUACCGGUCAGUACGGCAAACAAGUAAUAAAGCUGAGGAAAGUGU